AUGAUUACUCAAUAUCGUCAUCAUUUUUCAUUACAUAAAACUUCUCUACCACAAUAUUCUUAUCUACAUAUGAAUGUUUUUCCUCAAAUUGGUUCACAAAUUCGUUCAUUAGUAAUUGAUUGUUGUUAUUCAAUUCUUCAAGAUGAAUUAUUUCUAAAACAUUUUCAUGAUAAAAUAUCAAUAGUAUUUCCAUAUUUAGAAAAACUUACACUUUUUGCAUAUCAACAUGAACAAUUAGUUGCUUUUCUUAAUACUUUAUAUAAUUUAAAUUAUCUUGUCGAAAUUCGUCUUUACAGUCUUUUUCGUAUUCAAAGAACUAAUCAUUCAACACUUGUUUAA